AUGCCUGGCCGCACUAAUUCCACCAUCCGCAAAGUCGCACUAGCAGGAAAAGGCUACGUUGGCGAGAAGAUCUACGAUGAACUGGUCAACGCCGGGUAUGAUGUUACUGUUUUAUCACGCCUCAACCCGAAAAACGAGGACAACGUCCGCAUCGUUGACUACGGGUCUACAGAAAGCCUCACCGAGGCCCUCCGCGGACAAGACGCCGUCAUCUCUACCGUCAACCUCGCGGGAUGGCCGCACCAGUACAAAUUGAUUGACGCAGCUGUUAACUCGGGCUCGGUCAAACACUUCAUACCUAGUGACUUCACUUCUCUGUCGACCAAUCCAGCUGUUUCUCAGUACCCCUACUACAAAGAUGCCGUGGCUAUCCAGGAGUACCUCAAGGACAAGGCAGACCAAAGCGGUAUGAAGUGGACCGUUGUCGCCACUGGUCCGCUUCUAGGCUGCAUCUUGAACGGAAACUACAUGUAUAACUACCAAGAGCAGACUGCACUGCAGGUCAGCAAUGUCUCACACAGGGUCAGUAUGACCCGGGGUUCUACGCUGGCUAAAGCCAUCUCGGGCAUAUUUGCCAGGUCCAAGGACAUGCAGAGUGGCCCAAUAUUCAUCCAAGACUAUACUACUUCGCAGAAAGAAAUGCUCGAAGUCGCUGAGAGGCUUUCUGGCAAGAAGUGGUCAGUUCAGCAUGUCGAUGGCGAAGAGAAACUCCAGAACGGCCUCGAUAUGUUCAAGAAAGCGGCGGCCGAUGAGACCACGCCCCCAAUUUUUGCCACGUUCCUUGUCAUCCAUAAUACUAUUUUUGGCGGGCAUUACAACACUUCUUGGGACGGGAUGGGAAACAAAUACCUUGAGCUGCCUUUCAUGUCCAAGGGUGAGUUUGAGGACCUGAUUGCGACAAGAGUCCGGAAUGAGCCCAUCGAUGGUGGUCUGCCUUGGAAUUCAGCCCCGAAGCCUCGAAACACGUCUUAG